GGUCCCCCUCCCUCUCACAGCCGGCUCUAGAGGCGUUGUCAGGGUGUCGGCAGUAAACCGGAAGAUCGGUUGUCUUCCAGUCUCUAACCUUCUCUCCGCAGAUUUUGUGUAUUUGUCGUGUGCACAGACAAGCCCUGUGGACCGAGAACUGACGGGCCCCGAGUCCUCAGAUCCUGCCUGGCCUGUAUAUUGGCAACUUCAAAGAUGCCAGAGAUGCAGAACAGUUGAGCAGGAACAAGGUGACCCACAUCCUAUCUGUCCAUGAUAGUGCCAGACCCAUGUUAGAGGGGGUUAAAUACCUGUGCAUUCCAGCAGCGGAUUCACCAUCUCAAAACCUGACAAGACAUUUCAAAGAAAGUAUUAAAUUCAUUCACGAGUGCCGGCUCCGGGGAGAGGGCUGUCUUGUCCACUGCCUGGCCGGUGUCUCCAGGAGUGUGACUCUGGUGAUCGCGUACAUCAUGACCGUCACUGACUUUGGCUGGGAAGAUGCCCUGCACACUGUGCGUGCAGGCAGGUCCUGUGCCAACCCCAACCUGGGCUUCCAGAGACAGCUCCAGGAAUUUGAGAAGCAUGAAGUCCAUGAGUACCGGCAGUGGCUGAAGGAGGAGUAUGGAGAGAGCCCUUUGAGGGAUGCAGAAGAAGCCAGGAACAUUCUGGGUAAAUAUAAAGAGCAGGGGCGCAUGGAGGCCCCGCCCGGCGCCUGGAGGGAGAGCAGCUUUCAGGCCCUGCCUCCUCUGGCCUACAGCAAGUACCCUACGGAGACCUAACACUGCGACCUGGUGCCUGCCUUUCCGCCAGGCGACCUGGUGUGCGCAGUGCCACCUCGCCUCAGAGGACAGGAGGGGAGGCUGGCGAAGAAAGUGGAUCCAGGCUCCUAUCCAGGACCUCCCCAGCCCUGCCUCAGGCCCUUCCACUCUGUCUUCCCAAAACUUCUGCACUGUCUGGAGGCUGCUCGCUGCCCACACUGUCACUUGCCUCUGUGAGGGUCAUUGUGCACAUGUGUGUGUGUGUGUGUCUCUGCAUGCGUCUGUUUGCAUGUGUGAGUGUGUGAACAGUGACGAGCACUCUCGGUCCACACUGCCAGCUGCUACCACCCUCUUUCCCUUUGCCCAGCGCUCCAAGUGAGGGCUUUCCUGUCAGCAUCUGCAGUGCUGUGCAGCCAGAAGCAGCCCUUGUCUGUGAACACGCACUGAGAACUUGGGCAGUGGCUGAAGGCAGCCGCCCCCAGAGCGCAGGUGGCCAUGGCAGGGCAGCAGGUGGCCAGACUCCCUCUGAGAUGGCUUCAGGGGCCUUGGAAGAUGGUGGCGGUCAGUGUUCUGACCAUUGCCUAGACUUAGUGACUGCCCCAGGCCUGGGCUUCCUGCUGCCUCAAGUCAGGUCCCCUUGGACCCCAUCAUGUCCCCAGGUUCUGUGUGGUAUUUGUUCUCUCUGGCACCCAGUGCAUUUUAGUUCCAUGGGGAGCACUACCAAUUCAGCCAAAGCUGUAUGCUCUGAAUGCCCUGCCUUUCUCUUCCCUCCAGCUUCACUGACUCCCAACCACUUGCUGUCUAUCUCUGCCAGGGGCCCUUCCAAAGGCUUGCUCGCACUUUUAGGUUUUGGGAAGAAAGAACAUUUAUUAGGCAUUGUAGCAGUUUGCAUUUAAAUAUACAAUUUUAAAUGUGCACUUAUUGAGCACUUUUGUGUAUGCUGUGGAUUUGAUAUUUGAUCUCAGCUACCUCAUUAAAUGUUUUUUGAAAAGGUGUUUUUCGUGGUUCCAGUCAACUCUGCCUCAUAGUUGAAGAUGUUCGGUUGUGAUUGUUUUCUGAAGCCAAAGGGAAAAGCAUCAAUGUCACUGAGCUAUUUAAAGUUUCUGAUUUGGGCUCCAAUAAUGCUUUCUGGUGGGUAAAAUUCCACAUUCAGGCCACGGCCAGCAGGCAGCAGAGCACCUACAGCUGCAGCAUGGGCCAGCGGGCAUGCCGGCGUGCUGCAAGCAUUUCUGUGCCCCAGCCUUUGUACAGCUCCAAUGCUUCAGCGCGCAGAGCCACGGAAUGGAAACCCAUCCCUGGCUUCUCCCUAAGGAGGUGCUGCACUCUUUCUCUGAUGCUGCCACACAAGGAGCCUGAGUAAGAGGUUUCCCGUGCUUUAGAGGGUGUGUCACAGGUGAGCUCUUGGGGGAUCGGGACAAUGACAUCUCCCAACUCUACGGGCGUACAGGCCCCAGGUAUUCAAUAAGAAAUGUGGCCAUGGACUUCCCACAUACAGAUGAAAUAAUUUGCCUAUGAAGUACACUUUUCCUUAAACCAAAAAUAAAUGUAAAUAUGUUAACUAGAAAGUAUUGAAGAUAUCAGUUUGAAUGCUUAAACGUAUGUUCACUUAUGAGCAUCAAAAUAUAUUCCUGUAGGUCCCGAAAUGCUGUCUUACUAUUUGUUGCCAGCACUGUUCUUUCUCCACAGCCACACCGGGCGUUCUGAAGUACUGGGCCUUUCUCAGAAGACUGUAACGCACCUGAAGUCGGAAAUGCUGCAGAGCCACCGAGUUUAGUCUGGUGCUGCCAGAAAGAAAACCUAGAGUUUAAGUGUCCGGAACUGUUUUGUGAACUUGUCUGUUGUUUUAAAUGGAGUACCUGUGUAAUCGCGUUGUUACAUGUUGAGCACUGAGGACACUCUUAGCGAGAGGACAUGUUUUUGCCUUAAUUCCAGUGCUGCGGCAAUGCCUUUGACCACAAUCUUGGUGCCUGGGCAGCAGUCUCGACAGUCCUGCUGCCAUCCUGACUGUAGCCUCUGGUCACGUGCUUCAGUCUCCCAGCUGGCCUAUCUCUCUUGGUGUGUCUUACCCAUGGUUUAUGUUCUCUCCAUGGUGACAUUUACCAACAGCUACACACUUUUAUUAAUAAAAGGUAGCGUAGCCACAUUUAA